GACAAGGAGCUGGUGACCGUUCUCGAUAACGAGAUCAAGCACGAGGAGGAGCAGAGUGAGGAAGUCCCCGACUAUAUCACCAACUACUUGAAGACCAGCCCCUUCCAGAUCACGGAUAAGGCCGGCUCGGAUGAGGUCGUCUUGACUCGCAAGUUUGGCAACGAAGACAUCAAGAUUGUGUUCUCUGUCUCGGAUAUCAACGCUGCUGAUGAUGAGGAGGAUCUGGAGCUGGAGGAAGAACUCGAGGAGGACGGUCAGCAGCAAUCGACCCAGCAGAACCUUUCUGCCUCUGGAGAUGAUGAGGAGGAGGAGGAAGGUCCCUUUGAUUCGUUGACCUUCCCUGUCCGCUGCUUGAUCACAAUCUCGAAGCCCAAUGCUGGAAGCAUCUCUGUUGAUGCAAUUGCUCAGGAUGGAGCCUUUAUUGUCGAAUCAAUCUCCAACGUCAAGGACACUGCUCUUGCGACUGCCUCGACUGCGGAGGCCGACUGGGAGAAGCGUGGAUUGUACAGCGGACCUCCAUUUGGCGAGUUGGACGAGGAGCUCCAGAUCACUUUUGAAAAGUUUUUGGAGGAGCGUCAGAUCGAUGAGGAAUUGGCCAACUUUGUGCCAGGCUAUGUUUUCCACAAGGACCAGGUCGAGUACACCAACUGGCUCAAGGAGCUGAAGGGAUUCGUUGCUGCCAAUUAA